CCCCCGGUCUGGCAAGGAGUGACAAAGUAGAAAUUCACGAUGGCGGAACAGAGUGGUGGAUUAUGUAAAAAAAGUCGUGCGUUUGCCGACAAAUUAAACAAGAAUUAUUCCGCUGCACAAGCCAGAGAAGUGGCUGCCUCGACACUCGCGUUUACUCAUCAAAGAUCGAGUAGUUUUGGUUCUCAAUGCAGCGUGGACAGUAGAUCAAGUCAAGAUACCAUACAAGGAAUGUCUAGUGGCACGCUUUCUCACUCGAGCAUUGUGGAACCUCUGGAGUUUGAGAAGUACAUACUGGAUAAUCACCCGCUAUCGGAAGAUGAUCCCGAGAGUAAAUUGCUUGAGUUUCCUGAUGAUGAUAUAGAAGUGACUAAAAUACCGCGACAGCAUCGUACAGUACAUCCGUAUAUUCCAAAAGAUCCGGGAGCCGACUCAGAUCCACUUGUUGUUGAUUGUAUGAAAUUGUUUACAUCUGAUUGGCAUGUCGUCAACAGGAGGUAUCAGUUUCGUAGCAAAGAGGAAGGAAAACCAGAUUCAAGACGAAGAAGAGCCAGAACGCAGAGUUUUCUUCAAACUUUACCCAAGCAUAAUUAUGAAGUUGACGAGGAAAGGACGCGAAACGAAAACGAUUCGUUGGACUCUCGUGGUGAAGGAAAAAAGACUUCUCCUGCUGACGAGCUGCCUAAAGGAACACUGGCUGCCAGCAUUGUUGAUCUCCAGACGUGUACGCCUGAUGAAUUACUUCCUGGGGUUUUAGAUCAUGUACCUAUCGAUGAAAUUGAUAAAUCUAAUGCGGACUACAGACAGUAUGAAAGGAUCCAUUCGCUCUUUGCUGUAUCUGUUGACGAAACGAAUGAUUCAACCGUAAGACGUAUUCCACCAGCCAUUCCUCAACAGCAUUUUGGUCAACGAAUUCUUGUAAAAUGUUUAUCUUUGAAAUUGGAUUUAGAUAUUGAACCAUUAUUUGCCAGCAUGGCGUUGUAUGAUGGAAAAGUCAAAAGAAAGGUCUCUGAAAAUUUUUAUUUUGAUAUGAACAGCGAUGAACAAAAACGAAUGAUUGCGAGACAUAAUCCCAAAGUGGAUAUCACGACCCUUAGUCGGGCAGCCAUUUUUUCGAUCACUUAUCCGUCAAGUGACAUUUUUCUUGUCAUAAAACUUGAGAAAGUGUUUCAGCAAGGGGAUAUUUCUGACGCAGCUGAGCCAUACAUCAGAGAAAAUGACCAAUCAAAGAACAAAGAUAGACUUGCACUAAAUGCAGCGGUCAACUGUGAUCGAUUGGGAAAAUACCGAAUGCCUUUUGCUUGGACUGCAAUCCACCUGACCGAUAUUAUUAAUGGUGUGUCUCAAAGUGAUCCUAGCGCAGCCACUUCGAACGAAAAAGACACUUUGAGCGGAGGAACAUCAUCUUCAAUGAGAAAGAAUAGUCCUACGGAAUCCCCUUCUACUCCUACAUACACGAAGAAAGAGAAAACUGACUCGUUACCUCGACGAAGUAACUCAAUGAGUAGUCAACGUCGUUCUAUGUAUGGUGACCUUGACGAUAUUCCCGUAGAUUUAUCAAGCUUUCGACCUGUUACGUUAACUGUUAGGAGUUUCUUCAAACAGGAACCGGAUAAAUUAAAAGAUGACGAUUUGCUAAAAUUCUUAGCGGACUUAAGACGUCCAUCGUCUUUACUCAAACGUCUGAAAAAUAUUUCAGGGCGUCUAAAGCUUGACAUUUCGCCUCCUGGAGAAAAACCUCCAUAUUGUUUGACGUCCGAGUUACAACAGAUAUAUCCUUAUCAAGAUGGACAUGUCCGGCCAUUUAAAGAAGUUGAAGAAUUCGUUCCGAAAGAAGUUUAUGUUCCACAUAUAUCAUAUAAAAACCUUCUAUUUGUUUACCCGAUGAGCGUCAAUUUUUCAAGUAGAUCUGGUUCUGUAAGAAACAUUGCCGUCAAAGUUCAGUUUCUCUUUGGGGAAAAUUCAAAAACUGGUCCACUAGAGUGUAUCUUUGGCAAGUCAAGUUGUGCAUCCUUGUCAAAAGCAGCGUGGACUUCGGUCACCUAUCAUAAUAAAAUCCCAGAUUUCAAUGAAGAAAUAAAGAUUAAGCUUCCAGCUCAUUUGACAGAACAACAUCAUUUGUUAUUUACUUUCUAUCACAUCAGCUGUUCGACAAAAAAAGAUGAUAAUGGUCCUAUUGAAACGCCUGUUGGAUAUACUUGGCUACCUAUAUUGAAAGAUGGUCAGCUAAACUUAGGAGAGUUUGAUUUACCAGUUUGUGUUGAUCAGCUGCACCAAAGCUACAGCAUGUAUUCACCUGAGAUGGAUAUUCCUGGUCUAAAAUGGGUUGAUAAUCGUAGAGGUGUAUUUAACAUUGCAGUUCGAGCAAUAUCCUCCGUGCAUACUCAGGGUAUAUUCAUUCAUCGAUUCUUAAAGUACUGUCAUCAGAUUCAAAAACGCACUUCACCAGCUUCUCCCGGGCGCUCACAAGAUGGAAAUCUUGAGAAAAAUCUCAAGAUUGGUGUUUUAAAUUUGUGUAAUACAUCAGAUGAACCACUGGUACAUUUCCUUCCGAUCAUUUUAGAGAAACUUAUUGUCUUGCUUGUACGACCGCCCUCAGUUGGUGGUCAUGUUGUAAACAUUGGGCAGUCGGCUUUUCAAUCUCUGGCCAAUAUUGUCGAAAGAAUUCACCGUCUUUUAAAUAACCAUGUUGACAGCCAUGGUCGGAGCUCUUUGUUACUGUCUUUCGUUACCUACAUAUUUAGUGCACCAUUUUCGACUUCUCGUUCAUCGUCUUACUCCGACACCUACAAAGAUGAACGUCCAAUAAGCAUGCAAGUAUCACGUGAAGAAUGGUUGAAAACAAGAAGGCAUAGCAAUAGUAAUCCCUCGUUGAAUGCUGUAUCUGACCUGCUUUCACCAACGCGUGGUCUGGAUAGGAACUCGGAAGACUGGAAACUCGGUCAAAUAAGUAAAGAACCUGGUAAUCGAAGUAGUAUGGCUGAGUCAAAGGCCGGUCAUAUGAAAUUGCCAAUAGCACCUGCGAAUAAAAAGCUUGUUCACGAAGAAAUUGCUCUGCAGUGGACUGUUGCAACUGGGGAUGUGCGACAUAAGACUCUUGCCCAUGCUUGGUUUUUUUUCGAAUUGAUGGUAAAAAGUAUGGCUCAAUACCUGGACAACAUUGAUAAGUUCUACUUUUCAAGAAGUGCCCGUUUUCCAAGGCAGUUUAUGGAUGACGUAGCAGCUCUACUUGACAUGGUUACUAAAGAGAUAAUCGAAAUGUUCAGUCAGAACCCUUCGUUAGCUAAAGCUUUAAACUCAUAUUUGUCGUUUUUCUUUUACGACAUAUUGUCUCUAAUGGACCGUGGAUAUGUUUUAAAGUUAUUGAAGCAAUAUUAUUCCGAGAUCAUGACUGCAACGGUCCAAAAACCUGGUUUGGCCGAACUUCGACUCGACGCCUUGCGCAUAAUUUGCAGUCAUGAGCAUUACGUUACAUUAAAUCUUCCUUUCAAGAUGCCCUUGUUUCCAUCACCUCAGAUAUCUCCUUCGCCAUCAUUAGUGUCAAUUGAAUCAAGUGCCUCGUCAAUGAUGACAUCCUCGAUGCCGCCAAGUAUGGCUGAACUUUCUAAAAAUUUUCGUCGUCAACAUUUCUUGUCUGGGCUUUUAUUGUCCGAGCUUUCACUUGCCUUGGAAGGAAGUGAGGCAGCUAUUCAAGAUCAAGCUAUUCAAUGUAUUGCAGACUUGAUAAAAUGCCAUGAUGCCGAUACGCGAUAUGACGAAAUCUCAUGCAGAGCCCGCGUUGCAUCGUUAUAUCUUCCGAUUUUGGGCAUUGUCAUUGAAAACGUCUCUUUAUUACACGGUGCACCUAUGGAAGACAACAAUGGCGAACUGAGCAUAUCUGUUCCAAAUGCCAUAGCGACAUCUACUCUCACAUCUCGAUGGGGUUCUCAUGGUGAUGAUCUAGGCAGAGAUUAUUCAAGUCAGAAAUCUCAACAGCCGAGUUUGAGUUCUGAUUCGACGCGUAAGUUGCUCUUAUGUUUCCUUUGGGUCAUCAAAAACGAAGAUACAACAGUCUUAAAGGAAUGGUGGGCGAGGCAACCAUCUUCAACAAUCUGUCGACUUUUGGAUGUUCUCUAUAUAUGCGCUUUGCAGUUCAAGUACAAAGUCAUCCAAUCAUCAGAAACUAAAGUAAAUGUUGUCCAAUCAAAACCAGACGGUUCGUCAGCGAAAGCAAAAUUGGAGGAAGCGAUUCUUGCCAAAGGCGCUGCACGUGAAAUGAUGGCACGACACAGGGAGAGUAGAUUUGUUACAGACAAAGCACCAGGUUUAUCUGCCACCGGGGAAGCAAAGUUACGUUGGCAAAAGGACAAAACGCAAUAUAAACAAGCAAAACAAUUAGAAAGACAUGAUCCCGAGAUGGAAAUCAAAAAUAAAUUUCUUGGAUGUCUAUCUGGUGAAAUAGCAAUGAUAAUUUUGGAUACUCUGGAGUGGAUAGUUCAGAUCUCCAUAUCUUCGGAUCAUUCUCAUACUAUUCUCUCUGGUGUGCUAAAAGUUUUACUGCACUGCUUGAACUUUCCCCUAAGUGAGCGUGUCUUACAAAGUAUAUUUCCCACGCAACGUUCAAUUGUCGCAAAGUACCCUGAGCUGUUAUUUGAAGACGACACAGAGCUGAUAUCCGAUCUAUGUUCGCGACUGCUUCAUCAUUGUAGUUCAUCAUUGGCAAACAUCAGAACUCAAGCGAGUGCAUCCUUGUAUUUACUUAUGAGGCAAAACUAUCAAAUUGGAAAUAACUUUUCUCGUGUAAAAAUGCAAGUUACUUUAUCGCUUUCAUCUCUUGUGGGCACUCCUCAGUAUGUAAAUGGUGAUCAUUUGAAACGUUCAUUGAAGACUAUCAUAACUUAUGCUGAAACCGAUCAUGAAUUGAAAUGCACUAAUUUCCCCGAACAGGUUCGCGAAUUGGUGUUCAAUCUUCAUAUGAUAUUGACCAACACUGUGAAAAUGCACGAGUUUAAUGAGGAUCCUGAGAUGCUGAUUGAUCUAAUGUACAGAAUUGCAAAAGGCUACCAGACUUCACCUGAUCUACGUUUAACAUGGCUUCAGAACAUGGCUACACAACACACAAAGUUGAAAAAUCAUCUAGAAGCGUCCAUGUGUGUCAUACAUGCCGCUGCAUUAGUUGCAGAAUAUCUUUAUUUACUUGAAGACAAACCUCAUCUUCCUAUCGGUUGUGUUAGUUUCGAGAAUAUUUCUCCUAAUGUUUUAGAAGAAAGUGCUAUAUCUGACGAUCUAGUUGCACCUGAUCAAGAAGGAAUUUGCAGCCCGAAGUAUUUCUCUGAGAAUGGGCUACUGGGUCUUCUAGAGCAAGCUGCUGCUGGAUUUACUUUAGCGCAUACAUACGAAUGUGUGAACGAAGUUUAUAAGAUCUCUCUUCCUAUUUACGAGGCUUCUCGAAAUUUCAAGAAAUUGCAAGAACUUCAUGGAAGACUAUCAAAUGCCUUUGACAAUAUCGUUAAAAAUGAAGGAAAGCGAAUGAUGGGGACGUACUUUCGAGUUGGAUUUUUUGGUGAAAAGUUUGGUGACCUAGAUGGUGAGGAGUUCAUUUACAAAGAACCUGCUAUCACUAAAUUACCUGAAAUUUCUCUUCGACUGCAAACGUUCUACAAAGAUCGUUUUGGUGAAAAUGCUGUCGAAGUAAUCAAAGACUCUAACACAGUAGAUACAUCGAAACUGGAUUCCGACAAAGCGUAUAUUCAAUUGACAUAUGUCGAACCUUAUUUUGCUGAAUAUGAGACGAAAGAUAGACGAACGUACUUCGACAAAAACUUUAAUAUUCGACGAUUCGUCUUCGCCACACCGUUUACUCCUAGUGGACAAGCCCAUGCCGAUAGCUUGGUGAAUCAAUAUAAAAGAAAGACCAUAUUGACAGUAUCUCAUGCUUUUCCUUACUUAAAAACCCGAGUCAAUGUCAUUGACAAAGAGGAAGUCACACUUUCACCAAUUCAAGUCGCCAUCGAAGACAUUCAAAAGAAAACGAAAGAACUAAAAGCAGCUGUUAUGCAGGAACCUCCAGAUAAAAAAAUUCUUCAGAUGGUUUUACAAGGAUGUGUUGGAACUGCUGUUAACCAGGGUCCUUUGGCAAUGGCUUUGGCAUUUCUUUCUGAUCUUCAUGAUGAUGACGACGACAACGAAAAACAGUCGAUCCAUGUUCACCGUGAUCAUCAUAAGCUACGUUUAUGCUUCAAAUCGUUUGUAAAAUGUUGUGGCGAAGCUUUGAAGAAAAACAAAGAGUUGAUUACGGAAGAACAGAUUCCAUAUCAGAGAGAACUAAGGAAAAACUACAGGGCACUGCAUGAUCAACUUGUUCCAUUGCUCAAAAACAAAUUUGGAACUUUACGAGGCUCUCUUGGAAUGAGGAAAAAGGAAUCGACAGCUUUACGUAAUAGAGCAUUGUCCAUGCAAGUGCAAGGAGUUUCAAAAGCGUGAAGACGCCAGGUUUGAGCGUGAAUUUUUGAACAAUUUUAUUUUGUAGAUUCAAUAAAUAUUUGUAUUCUAGGUUAUUCUAGUGUGCUUGCUAAAUUUCUUGUUGUUCUCCAUAGAUUUUAGAAUGAGAUAAUAAAUAUUUCACAUAUUUCAAAAAA